AUGCAGACGGUAAAAAUCCCUCUCUCUCCGCCAACCCUCAAAGAGAUAGCCGCAGCCCUCCAAUUUCCCCUCGCUGCCAACUACAAGCAUGCCACCGUCGACGUAGUACUUUGCCCAGACCUCCGGGAAGCUCCCUUCCACCUCGCAACAGAAGGCCUCUCCGGCGCCGAAAAAAUCUCAGACGUAGGCGGCCAACCCAACCUCUUCCCGCAACCCCGACUAGACUGCAAAUGGAGCCUCCUCGACAUUGCGCGCGCCAUGGAAAUGGAUCCUCGAGGCGGCGGCCUCCUUGGCGCAGGUGCUGGACCCUUCCAUGUCGUAGGACGCAAUUGCGAACUCGUCCCGAACUUAUCUUGGAGUGACGGGUUUGAUAAUGUUACGAACGGUACAUAUGUCGCACAGAUCAAGGACGGGAAUCCGAGCGUAGAGAGAUGUUCCAGCCUUGACUGCGCACUUAUGGUAAACCUAUACGGUUCCCUAGGCGGCCCCGGCCAGGUCAUAAAAAUCACAGCGCGGGGCCGCGUAGAAAAAGAGAAGAGCAUUACAGAGCUGAUGCAGAAAGCAUUGGCUGAUGCGUACAGCGACCGCAUGGUCAGUCUGGGUGGUAUUUUUGUCGUCAAAAGGGGAAAAUCGUACUAUCACAUUAUGCCGGAUUUUCCACCGGAGGAGGAACUGCCCUGGGACAAUCCGAAGCAGGUGAAUGAUUGGUUGACGUAUCAUGAAUUUGAGGCGCCAGUUGUGUGUUUGAGUGUGCUGCAUUCGGCGGAUCCCGGGAGUAAGUUGGGGUUGAGGAUGGAGCAUACGCAUUGUGCGUCAGUGGACGGUAGAGACGUCGGGGGUCAUUAUCAUGGGGAUAUUGAUGGGGACGAGAUCGAAUAUGAGGGAUACUUCAAUGUGGCGAAGACGCUUUAUCGGAUAGAAAAGCCAGAGGUAACGCUCGGAAGAGAAUUGCACGACUGA